AUGGCCGCAAACACGACUAGUACCCAGGGCGGCGCGUGGCAGACUCCCGUCGAUGACCGUGUCAAGAUCCUCGAGAACGCCCUGAAAUCCGACAAGCAAUUGAAUGAGAAGCUCCCAGGGCUCGAGUCUCUUCUCGACGACUACCUCCACCAAGAUGGCGACUUCUCCGAGCACGAUUUUCACCGCCGACUCUUGAGGGUCUUCAGAGACUCCCAGGUUGACUACACCUACGGAAAUCUCCUGAAGGGCCUCACGCCCGACGAGCGGAACCGCAUCUCCAGCUUCGUGGACGGCACGCCCAUCGCGGACUGCUGCCUCGGCUUUGACAUGGGUCCCAGCCUGGGCGUGAGGGAACACCUACAGUGCCUCCAUGAUGCCCAUGCUGUCCGAGUCUCUGCUUCCGGUGCGCAGAAGGUCAAGGGCCUCAGCAUGGACGGCCUGGAGAAGGACGACAACAUCUUCUUCCGCUUUGUCCACGGCCUUGCUAAGCUGUUCCACCUCGAUCAUCCAGACAAGGACUCGGUAGUGGUCUACAAGGACGCCAAGUUCCAGAACUGGGGGCUAGUGGUUAACUACCUGCCCACCUAUACCUGCGUACCAAGCAGCGUCAAGGGAGUCCAGCGAAUCGUAAAGUUUGCCAAAGAUCAUGACAUGGGUGUUCGAGUGUCUGGCUUCCGCCACUCGUGGGCUCCAAUCUUUGGCCGCAAUGGACAGAUCCUCAUCUCAUUGAUCGGUUUGGCCGAGGCUGAAAUCCUCCCCAACACGACUGCGCUUCCACUCCCUGAAGACGCACCUAAUGAGCUUGAGUCGAUCGAGGUGGCCUCCGGGGCCCCUCGAGUGAAGGGCAACGCCCUCGUGCGCGUGGGUGUCAGCACCACCAAUGAGCGCCUGCGCCGCUGGUGCGUCAAGAACAAAAAGUACACCCUGCCGCUCAACGUCAUCAUGGUGGAGAUGACUAUUGGUGGCACCAACGGUCCAAUCUGCCACGGAGCUGGCCGUGCCCAUCAGACCCUGAGUGAUCUCGUCAGAAAGGUCGAGUAUGUCGACUGCCAUGGACACUUGCGCGUCGUCGAUAAGCCCGAGCAUCUCAAGGCCGCGGCUGGAUGCUUCGGUCUCAUGGGAGUCAUCACCCACAUCACCUUUGAGAUGUCGCCGAUGUCGUACGCCCUCAUGGCACCCAAGAAGAUACCCGCCGUCCGGGCCGUGCCGCCGCCGGAGGACAUCGAGAUCCCUCCCGCCCUGCGUGUGGAGGGCUUGACCCCCGCCCAGAAGGCUCAAGACCUCGCCGACUUUGAGCGGCAGGCCGCCAGCGACUACUACUGCGAGUGGUUCUGGUUCCCGUACUCGGAUUACUGCUGGGUCAACUGCUGGAACGCGACCGACGACCCCGCGGGCGCCGUCGACUACCCCAACGAGGGCAUGAUCUUGUUCCAGUUCAUCAGCCAGUUCACCAUGAACGUGCUGCAGAACGCCGCCGUCCUCAACGAGCUCAUCACGGCGGCCGAGCUGGACGAGGCCACCGUCACGCUGCUCUCGCGCGCGGCCAUGUUCGCCAUGCCCGACAAGCCCGUCAAGACGUACCUCACCGACGCGCUGCACUUCCAGCGCGGCAUCCAGAACAUCCGCGUGCUCGACCUCGAGGUCGAGAUGCCGCUGCCGGCCAAGCCCGACAGGCCGGACGCGCCCGACUUCGGCCUCGCGCGCCGGGCCUGGUGGGACGCCAUCCUCGCGUGCUACCGCCACACGGACCGGUGCCCGCAGCGCAUGCCGCUCGAGAUGCGCGUCAUGGGCGGCAGCGAGGUCGUCAUGGCGCCGCAGCGCGGCAACGCGCUCGGCACCUGCGCCAUCGAGGUGCUGACGCUCGAGUCGGCGCGCGACAUCUGGGACCCGUACGCGCAGGAGGUGCUGGACCUCUGGAUGGGCUACCGGGACCCGCGCAGCGGCGACAGGCUCAAGACGAGGCCGCACUGGGCCAAGCAGUGGGCGCAGUUCCAGGUGGAGGGCCGGCCGUGGCGGGAGUGGAUGAAGGAGAGCUCGUACAAGGAGGAGAUUGUCGAGUUCAAGGACACUCUGGCCGCUAUUGGCAAGGAGCACGGCUGGACGUUGGCUGACCUGAAGAAGCGGUUCUCGAACGAUUUCUUCGACUGGUUUUACUUUUCUGACGGCGAGGUCAAGACGCUGCCCGUCAAUGGCAACGGGGUCGCUAACGGGAUGUCUCAUUAA